CCUCAAAUUUGGCAACAUAACCUCAAUCAACAUGGAAUUCGCAGUAGUAACAAUGCCAAAAUCCAGAAGAACAACCAGAAUUCUUUUCGAUGGAGUCAUUGACGAAAGCCUCCCAUUUUCAUCAACAUAUACAUCAGCAGUCAACAAUGAAGCUACAAUCCUUGAAAAUACAACAAUGUUCGACAGCCAAGAACCAAUAAUCACAAGCACACCAUACCCAAUUCUUGAUAUUACAUCCAAAUACCUCAAAGUCUUCAAAAAUCCAAUGGAACAAAGCAUCCUCAAGAAUUCUCAAGGAAGAAAGUCCAAAAAUACCGACAGCAAGAAAAAAGUUUUUUUUAUAAGUCCAGAAAUUGUUGAAAUUUCAACAAUCGAUGAAAAAAUGAAGAAAUCUUUCAAGGAAGAACAGAAGAAAUUAAAAGCUUCUAUAACUGGAUGCAGCUUACCAAAAGAAACUCCAAUAAGACAACACAAGUCAAAAAUCCGUCCAAGAUUGUUGAAUUUCACAGAAAGUGCAAGCAAAUUGGACACAAAGAAGCAACAGACAGUUGAAGCAAGAGUCAAGAGAUUAGUAGGAGGAAAGAAAACAUCGCCGAUUCAACAGCAACAAGAGAAGGCUAAGGAUGCUGAAGGAUUCUUAAAAGGCGUCAAAUUAAAUCGCAGAUUUGAAUUGUUAAUGAAGCAUUUGGCUGCAGCCAAGUCGAGUGCGAAGUAAUUAGACAUAAAAAAAUAAGUUUUGAGAAUUAUGAAUAAAAAAUUUAAAAAUAUUCAACCUUUGAAUUAUUUAUCAGCC